AUGGAGCGCUCGCAGAGCCGCCUCAGCCUGUCAGCCUCCUUCGAGGCGCUCGCCAUCUACUUCCCGUGCAUGAACUCCUUCGACGACGAGGACGCGGGGGACAGCCGGAGGCUGAAGGGGGCCAUCCAGAGGAGCACGGAGACGGGCCUGGCGGUGGAGAUGCCCAGCCGGACGCUGCGCCAGGCCAGCCACGAGUCCAUCGAGGACAGCAUGAACAGCUACGGCUCGGAGGGCAACCUUAACUAUGGAGGAGUCUGCCUGGCAUCGGACGCUCAGUUCAGUGACUUCCUGGGCAGCAUGGGGCCAGCGCAGUUUGUGGGCCGCCAGACCCUGGCCACCACGCCGAUGGGGGACGUCGAGAUCGGCUUACAGGAGCGGAAUGGUCAGCUCGAAGUGGACAUUAUCCAGGCUCGGGGACUGACGGCCAAGCCAGGCUCCAAGACACUGCCAGCGGCCUACAUCAAGGCCUACUUGCUGGAGAAUGGCAUCUGCAUUGCCAAGAAGAAGACCAAAGUCGCUCGCAAGUCGCUGGACCCACUGUAUAACCAGGUGCUGCUGUUUCCUGAGAGUCCCCAGGGCAAAGUCCUGCAGGUGAUCGUGUGGGGGAACUAUGGGCGGAUGGAGCGGAAGCAGUUCAUGGGUGUGGCCCGCGUGUUGCUGGAGGAGCUGGACUUGACCACCCUGGCCGUGGGCUGGUACAAGCUCUUCCCCACCUCCUCCAUGGUGGACCCAUCCACAGGCCCCCUGCUCCGGCAGGCAUCCCAGUUGUCCCUCGAGAGCACCGUGGGGCCCUGCGGUGAGCGAUCUUAGUGCCAGGGAUGGGGAGGGGCUCCCCGAGAUGGCCUGGUGACUGCCCAGCCCCAACCUGGGACCCCAGGCCUAGGAGCACCUUCAACAGAGGAGGAUGGGGUUCUCCCCUACAGCGGGGAAGCAGAAUGGGGAGACCUGCCCCCCUUGGGACCCUCCUCACCCCUUCUUUGCCUCCUGUCCCCUGAGACCUUUCCUCUCCCAACGGGAUUGGCUGCACUUUUGACUU